AUGUCUUCAAUGUCAGAGGAACAACUUUGUCAGCUCUUCUCCCAAGUGGGGUUUGAAGACAAGAAAAUCAAGGAAAUAAUCAAGAACAACAAGGUUUCCACAUCGCUAGCACUAGUUAUUCAAGCUUCAGAUGCGUUGGAUUCUGCACCUCUAGACAAAUCAGAGACGGCACUAUUGCACCAUUUAGCAACACUCUUAAAAGGUAAAGAAGUUGAAGGUAUUGACCAUGUAUCCAAGGGAAUUCAUUCUAAGAAACUAACCUCCAACUUACAAGUCAGCGAAGCUUUGAAGUAUGUUGAAUCACAUCCUAAUAACUUCAACAAUGAAGAGUUUGAGAAAGCUUCUGGUGUUGGAAUUCAGGUAACUGAGGAUGAAGUUAAAAAGAUUAUAACUGACUAUUUGAACACUAUCAAGGAUGAAAUUGAGAACAAUAGAUACAAAAUGGUUCCUGCGCUACUUGCCAAUGUUAGACAGCUACCUCAAUUAAAGUGGGCAUCACCAGCAUUAUUCAAACCGAUUAUUGAUGCGCAGAUUUUAGCAAUGAUUGGGCCAAAGGACGAAAGAGACGUUGUUAAAAAGGAAAAGAAGAAGAAGCCUGUAAAAGAUUCGAGAGUGGAUGACAAGAAGAAGAACGUUGUUGAGAAAGCAAGAAAUAUGUUUACCGAAGGUUUCUUGGGUGACUUACACAAACCUGGAGAAGAGCCGCAGAAGUGGGAUGAUACCAUUCAAGCACAUCGUGAGUUUAUCAAAGGUAAAGUAUACACCAGAUUCCCGCCCGAGCCAAAUGGAUUUUUACAUAUCGGACACUCAAAGGCAAUUAUGGUCAACUUUGGUUAUGCCAAAUACCAUGAUGGCAAAUGCUAUCUGAGAUAUGAUGACACCAAUCCAGAAGCCGAGGAACAAGUUUACUUUGACUCUAUUCUCAGAUGUGUCAAAUGGUUAGGUUUUGAACCAUGGAAGAUUACUUAUUCAUCUGAUUACUUUGAUCAGUUGUACGAGCUAGCUGAAAAAUUAAUCAAGUCAGGUUAUGCAUACGUUGAUCAUUCCACCGCAGAGGAGGUCAAAGCACAGAGAGGUGUGAAGCCAGAUGGCACUCCUGGUGGUGAAAGGUUCCCAUCUCCUUGGAGAGAUAGAAGCGUUGAGGAGAACCUGACUGAAUUCAGAAAAAUGAGAGAUGGCUUUUAUAAGCCAGGUGAGGCCACACUUAGAAUGAAGCAAGAUAUUAAUUCUCCAUCACCUCAAAUGUGGGACUUGGUCGCCUACAGAGUUUUGAAUGCACAUCAUGCAAGAACAGGUGAUAAAUGGAAAAUCUACCCAACUUAUGAUUUCACUCACUGUUUGGUUGAUAGUUUUGAAAACAUCACACACUCUCUAUGUACCACUGAGUUCUAUUUAAGUAGAGAAAGUUAUGAAUGGUUAUGUGAUGUCUUGCAUGUUUAUAGACCCGCACAAAGAGAAUAUGGUAGGUUGAACAUUACCGGUACCAUAAUGUCUAAGAGAAAGAUUGCCAAAUUAGUCAACGAAAAGUAUGUUAGAGGUUGGAAUGAUCCAAGGUUAUACACCUUGGAAUCCCUAAGAAGAAGAGGUGUCCCACCAGGUGCGAUCUUGAGCUUCAUCAAUACCUUAGGUGUUACUACUUCUACUACAAAUAUUCAAGUGACUAGAUUUGAUAGUGCAGUUAGACAAUUCUUAGACCACACUACUCCAAGAUUGAUGAUGGUUGAGAACCCAUUAAAGGUUGUCUUUGAUAAUCUACCAGAUGAUUAUGAGGAAUUAGUCGAUAUGCCGUACAAACCAGGCAAUGACGCAUUUGGUUCUAGAAAGAUCCCAUUCACCAAGACCGUUUACAUUGACCACUCUGAUUACAGAGACGAGCCAACCAAGGGUUAUUUCAGAUUGGCACCUGAGCAAUCUGUUGGUUUGAUGCGUGUCCCAUUCAACAUUAAGGUAAAGUCUGUUGAACGUGACGCUGAAGGUAAGCCAAUUUUAAUCCACGCUGAAUAUUUGAAUGAUCCAUCAACACAUAAGAAGCCAAAGGCAUACAUUCAAUGGAUUCCUGAAUCUGCCAAAUAUAACUCCCCAGUUAAUAUAUCUGAAGUGCGUAUCUACAACCAGUUGUUCAACUCAGAAAAUCCAUCUGCUCAUCCAGACGGAUUCCUUGCUGACAUAAACAAGAAUUCCGAAGAAGUCGUCAAGGGUGCAAUGAUUGAACCUGCUAUUCUCGAGGUGAAGGCCAAGUCACCAUUGAACAUGCCAUUUACAGAUGAACAGUUCAAUAUCAAGGAAGAAGCAGGAAAUGAGACUGUCAGAUUCCAAGCAUUAAGAGUAGGCUAUUUCUGCCUUGAUUCCGAUUCCACUGACAACAAUUUGGUUCUGAACAGAAUCGUUACAUUAAAGGAAGACUCAGAAAAAGAUUGA